CUGUCUCCAGUGCACUCACUUCCUGCCCUCCCGUCCCUAGGAGACUCGUGACCAUGAGGACACUGGCUCUCCUUGGCGUCCUUUCCUUGCUGGCUCUGCAGGCCCAGGGUGAGCCUCUCAGAGUCACGUUUGAGGCAGCUGCAGCCCAGGAACCCCUGGAGGGAGAUGGCCACGUCCCGUCCAUCUCUCUGUUUGAGGAUGACAGUUCUGUGCUUCAAGAUUCAGGGGUCCAUGCCGGACGAAACUGUUACUGCCGAAUAGGAGACUGCCAGGUUCUGGAACGCACUUUUGGCACCUGCAUUUACUUCAACCUCAUCUACAGAUUCUGCUGUCGCUGAGCCUUGUGUGUAACAGAAAAUGAGUUUAUAAUCCUCUCCAAGACUUACAGUCUCCCAGCCCAUGUACCUCAAUUCUUUCCCCACCCUAAAUAAAUCAUCA